UUACGUAGGCAAUCUAAAUUUCCAGACAGCUAUGUCUGUGUUGUCUGUGAUUAAGUUGAAGGCACAUUGUCUCCAGUAGCCUAUACGGAUUUGUUUUUACUUUUGGCCGCAGUUUUGUGAUGGGGCACUCUGCCAAUUGUCUUGAUCUGAAUACCUACUGGAAUAGGACUAUUUCAAAAUGUGUCUCGUGUCCUGUAACGCCAGGAUAUGAAAUCACCCCUAACUGUGGUUAUGAGGACAACGGAUCGCGACACGAUGUCCCCGCCACAGAGUGCAAAGCCAAUACUUUUAAUGAUGGCAGCAGCGCAUAUUGUCAACCUUGUACCACAUGUCCGCACGGGUAUAACAUUUUGAGUCCGUGCAACACAACUGCUGACACCAAGUGCCAAGAUCCAGGAAGCAGGUCAACAAGAGUUCCUGUGGCAAGUCAGACAAGCGAAGGCACCAUCUUAACGGAUAAUCCACGUACUAUACCACCUAGUCCUGGUGCAAUACUAUGGGCAGUACCUUUAGUCAUCUUAAUUUCCAGCAUGCUUGUUGUGAUAUGUGCUCGUCUUAUCUACAUGAAGCGGAAAAGAGGUUGGAAUACAGUGUUGAGUUACAGCAGAAGAUCUUCUUACGUCAAUGCAGGGUUCUCUCCCCUGUCUGCUCCAACUGGUAACAAUGAGCAGCAGGGCAUUCUGAGUCCCAACAUCAUGUCAGCACCUUUACAGACAGUGCUGGACAACCUGGAUGUUUUGGAAGAGCUGGUGAUUUUGCUGGAUCCAGAAUACAAUGGAAUAAAGAACACCAAACAUCUGGCUUCUCAUUGCUCCUUCCCCGCCACCUGGAUAACUUACACUUACUCAAUGAAGGACAAUAAGAGCCCCCUGAAAGCCGUGUUGGAGGGGAUCACCAGCAGACAGCCCGACUGGACAGUAGGGCACCUGGCUAAGCUGCUCAGACAUAUGGAGCGCAAUGAUGCCAUAGUUGUUCUCGACAAACUUGGACGGAAUGUGAUGGAAGUGUAACAUUAUUUCCACAUGUGACUGCCAAAGCCUUUCACUGCAUGGGUAAGACUGCAGAUGUUUGCCUUUCUAUGAUCAUUUCCAAAAGAUCCAUCCCAAAGAUGUGCCACCAAUUCCAGGAAUCCACAAAGAAGAGAGAGUUUUCCUGAGCAAAUAGAACAGCAUGUGAAUAGCUGUAUAUUGCACUGUGUAUAUAGAGCAUAAAUCUUGCACAUCUAGAAUUCGGACACAUAAAACAGGAAGGGUAAAAUAUAGUGAACUACAUAGGGAGCUUUUUCUGGCAGUCAUUGGUAUUUAUCAGACAAAAGUGGUCUAGUGAAAUAUACAGUAUUAUCAAGUUGCAUUAUGGGAAGCGUAAGUGUUCUUGGAGCUCGAGACAUACUAGACUAAAAGUCAGCAUUUCUCGACCUCUGCUGCACUCACUUUGGCAACCUUUUAUAAUUUGUAUUUAGCGAGUACCCCAGUAUUUUGGAAAUAUGCAAUACUAAAGGAAGACUACAAAGAUUAAACUGGCAGCCACUCAGCAUUGCAAUCCCUUUCACGCUUGGCGCUCUUCUCUAGGAAGAUUCCAGAGGUAUAUAUAUGGACGUCACUGACGAGACAAGACUGGCUGCCAGCACAACCCUUUUUUGUGGCUUCAAGUACCGUUCGUGUAUAUUUUGAGCUGAUGAAAUGUUCUAAUGUCCGCAUUGAACCUCUAUUCCUCUUUUUGUAAUAGUGCAACUGAAAGUCCCAAACAUCUUCUAUAUUUUAAUAUAUUGUUUACGCCAUCGUUACCUACUUUUAAAACAUUUUUUACACUCAUGAUACAAUGAAGAAGUCAAACUAACAGGAGGCUACAGCCUAUGGACCGUAAACCUGCAACCUAUUUGAGUCAGACUUUAUUCUCAAUAUGACUUUUUUUACUUUAUUCUGGAAAUACCACAACUUUUUCUUGUAAACAUGAAUUAAUUCUCAAAUUAAUUCAUAUGUUUUUCCUGUGGCCCUAAUACUCCAUCAUACAUUCUGCUUAAAGCUUAUUGCUUCACGUGUUUUUACUACUUUCACCUUAUAUAAUAAAAAAAAAAAACGGAAUUUGUUCAAACAUCUUAACAUCUUUAUUAAGCAAAUAACAUUAUAAAUAAAAAAGUGCAUAGAAAAAUUAAACAGGUUUAGAAAUAUGUAUACAAAUAUUUACAAACCCAGGGUUUAUUUGUACAUGGUAACAAAGACGUAAAUUUAAAGAUCACAUAUUUUCUCAUUUUUAUGUCUUUUACACUUUAAAAUAACCCUACUAUAUAUAUAUAUAUAUAUAUAUAUAUAAUUUUUUUUUUUUAUAUAUAUGUGUGUGUAUAUAUAACAUACAGCUUUCUUAACAGAUUCUGGGAGAGAUGGUCAUGAUAACUUCAGGUUUUGACUAGUGCUUUCUAUCCUUCAUAGCAAACACACACACACACACACACACACACACAAAAUGACACAAACAGGCACACACUCACCAGCUCUGCAGGACAUUAAAACCAAGCUACUCUUUAAAUUAUCAUCCUCUCUUUUUGCAUCAGUAUUCCCAAACAUCUGUAUAAACAGCUGAGGUAGAAUCCUUGCAAGGAGUUGGGAGUGACUCUGCUCUUGUUGUCAGCUAGGUGAUUGACACAAGUUAUUUUCUGGGCUCCAUCCCAGUGAUUGGACAUGCAAGAAGGAAAGGGGAUUAAGAUCAAGACAAAACAUGAUGGUGUGGGGGAAAAAACAAAGAUGAUCAUGGGCUUGGGGAGGCAAACAGUGCUCACUUUACUCCUGUGGCUGAUUCUAAGACCGUCAGUAAUCUACCGUAACAAAAAAUAAAAAGGAUUCUUUAAAAAUACCUGCUUUAGAACAACUUCUGUCAUAAAGGCUUAAAUGGAUGACACAACUGCCCCUAAAUGAAAAUUCAAGUAAAUUAGUAGAAGGAUAUCAGUUGUAAACAAAACAAAAAAAGAAGAUACAAAUAAGGGGGAGAUCUCCUAAUACACUAGACCGCCACCGUUUAUACAAAGCACAACCUUUUACCAUUAAAAAUAGAAAUCAAAUCACAUGAAUAAAUAUUACUACUAAUUUGAACAGUGUGUGAAUCAGAUUAGCCUUAUCAAUGACGGCACUGAACAUCGACUAAGAACAACAUUAAACAUUAUUUUAAAGGUGCCGAGUGCAUUCUCUCAGCACCAUUUCACACUGAAUGUUUUCGGCAACAUCUAGAAAGUUGUCGACAAGCCUGGUGCAGGAGCUGAAUACACACACACACACACACACACACACACACACACACACACACACACACGGUGGCGAUGCCUUGUACCAGUGCUCUCUCUGAUUAAGAGAUAAACUGUAGCAGGUUUCACAAAGAUGAAGAUAACGUUGUACGUUUGAUGGUUAUUUAUGUGCAACUGUAGGGCAGCAACAUCUUAUUGCAAUAGGUAAUGAGCAUCUGCUAUGGGAGAAAUAAAAUAUAUAUUUUAAAAACUGAUAUUCACCACAACUCUUCACUUUUGGCUUGGGUAGUGUUUGCUACAUACACUGUACAUCUAGAAAGAAAACCUUAAAGACACGUUUCUGUCUUUAUAAAUAUGACACCAUGUUACUGACGGAAACCUUUAGAUUGCUAUCUUUUUAAAAGUCAACAUAGGAAGAGAGUAGAUGACACACGGCCAACCAACAUCCUAAAGUGUGAAAAUUAGCAGACACUUUACAUUCCAAUGACGAUGGGAUUACUGCUCGAGGGCAUACAAUUAAGAUAAACGGUCUCAGCGGGGUGAAUAAACAGCUAAACAAUUCCUGAUUUGCAGGACAUCUUUGUCCAACUAAAGACCUUUCCAAACUUAGCACCGCGGUUGUUUUGUAAUUCCCGAGAAACAAAAAAAAAAGUCUAAAAAAUAAAAAACUAUUAACAACGCUAGAAGUGUUAAAUGCAAGAUAAAACACACAAAUAAAGGUUUGAGUGAAUGUAUGGCUCAAAAACUGACUUCACCACUGCACGGAUGGGGUUAUAAUGUUCCCAUCACUGGAGGAUGGAGCAAUCAUGAUUACAAGUGUACUAUAGACAGACAUACCCCUCCCCCUAGAAAUGAAUAAAACAUAUAAGGAAUCUCUCAAAGCCUAGCUAUAGGUUUUCAGCAAUGAUUCAAAACAGAUAAGGCUUGACGUGUGUAUCAAAGAAAUCCUGUUGGUGUCACCUCUACUGAUCCAGGAACGCCCUACAUUUUUAACAUCUGGUUUAAAUAUCCUGUUUACAUGAACACCAAAACCACUUCCUCAACAAUAUUUACUGCUGUGGUAAAGACGUUGCUCUGUACAUCUGAACCCUUUCACAGGCAAAACAAGGAACUUGCCUGAUAUUAACUUUCCGUGAAGGUUCUCCUCUUCUUCUUCUACAAUCUAUAAAAAUGUCCAAUUAUCACUUCUGACCAGCCAAAUAUUUUGGACUGGUCUCAUAGUGGCGAAUUCCCCUUCUGUGUGGACUGCCCGCUAACCCCCCCACCCCCCCAAGCCCAAUCCACCUUAAUUUAAGGCUUACUAGUAAACAGGAUCCUCCCAUUUUCAUACAGGGAUGUCUCAGUUGAGGUAACGCCGACAUCGUCGGGCCCCACAGUUACAGUUGAGUUUGCUGCUGGCGUCUUCAAUGGGGAACUUGUAGUCAUAGGUGAGCUCCUCCCCUCUGUAGAUCUUCCGAAGAGCAAAGAUGACGAUAUGCUUUCGGCCUUCCACGUUGAUCACCCGAGAGUAGCAGUUAGGUUCACAGGAGUGGUUGAUGAACCUCGCUGCGUUUCCAUGCAUGGUUGCGUCCACCACAUCAAAGUCAUCAAUGCGGAACAUGUAACAGCCAAUACCCUGCAAAGGCAAAAAUUAAACUUAUUGAUACACCCGCUAACCAUGCUGAACAUUAAAAGCUCAAUUAUUGUAGACUACAUUUGAAUAAAACCGAUCAAAGAAAUAGAAACCCGACCAACCUUGCCAUCGUAGUACUUUUCCCUUUUGUCAGUGAGCACUGAGCGAAUGACGAUACCUGCAUAUUCAAUAACCAUCUCCCCUGCUUCGAUGUUCCUCUUGCAGAAAAGACCGCGGCCAUGGAUAGCAGACCUGCAACAGACACACAAAAGUCAGAAUCGGUUAGGUCACACAAGUUCAUUUGCUGAUUGAUGAUGUGUCAACUGUGUCAUGGCGAGUCUGUCGAGGUGCUGACAAUCCAUAAAACAGAUAUUCUGUCAUUUCUAACCUAUAAAUAUUAUCCAAUCUUCCACACAUUUUUUCACAACACAUUUGGAUAUCCCCCAAAAACAUUAAUACUAAAUUAUAGCAGGAAUUUAACAUAAACGGUUAUAAAUGUCGUCUUGAAUGAACCAGGAAACCCAUUGGUCAAUAGUUUGUCUCAAUUAAACUCUUCCACAAUUCAUUCUUGUCCCAAUAUUCCCAGAAAUGAUUGAUCUCCAAAGAUCAUGAUCCUCAUCAGCAUGACUUUUGUCAAGUGAUUAAAACACUCAAAACGUUUUUCUUAGACAAUUUCUAUAAUGUUUUUGGCUCUCUGGAUUCAGACAUGAUGGCUUGUCCUGCUAUAAUUUUCUUUGCUUGUUUGUUUUGUACAUUUACUCAGAAUACAAAGUAUAUGUAAUAAAUAUACACAAAAUAAAUGUACCCAAAAGUUG